AUGGUAGACGACGCGAUAACCUUUAUCGGCACUCCAGAAAGAUCCCUGGCCAUAAGUCGAGGGGAAACUGUUGAAUACAACGAAGACACGGUAGUGUCGCUUCCAUUGUCUUUGGUCGUUCGCUCCAGUGGUCCUGUUGUGCCUCCAUUGCGUUUCAAAAGGACAAUCAGGGACGCAAGAAUACGACAGAACCAUAACCUUUCGUUGCUACUGUGGGUGCUAAACAGCAAACCAAGUGACCUGGAUCUAACUUUGGACAUUCGUCGCUGUACUGCCCCGUUCCAACUGUUCAAACUGUGCUUUGAGACCAAUCACACCUCGAACUACUACGAAACGUGUUUGUCGGUGCGAACGUCAGCGAGCCACACCGUAGGGCUUAAGACCAGAAAUGCAGAGUUCGAAGUUUCAGUAUUUCCCCAAAUCCUUCAAAGUACCCAAAUGGAUCAGUUCAAAACCGAACAGUUACUCCAACAAUACACACAGCAGUUUGCGCGAAUCCUAGACGCCUACAAAGACGGCAGUCAUUCAAGCAGCGCAACUUAUCUUGGUGCCAAUCUGUCACGUCUGAUACAGUGCUACGUCAACGAUACCAUAUACGACAUUGUCUACAAAUGGAGACAAUGGAACCGGAUCCUGGGUCAUCAUGUGGAAUUUGCUCCGUUUUCCCAAUUGGUAACCAAAUUUUGGGACUCCUACCUAGCGUUCCAUGUUGGUGGUUCGCUUUCUGAAUUUGAAGCCAAAAUGCGCCGCUUUGGAAUUUCCGAAGCUGACUCCGGCAAGAGAAGACUGAGGUCCAACCAGUUUAGGAGUCUCGGUCUCAAAUAUGGAAUUUGGAUUGAUAAUAUUCAAGGUGUGCUUCUUUUGAGCAAUGUGAUCAGCACGGAAUCGAUGGAUGCGAUUCCGAGUCUAACUUUGGACCUUACGGUCGCCAGCUGUGACGAAAGUGUCAAAAAAUUGUUGCUUUUCAUCAACUGUUGCUUGAUUGAAUGCGUAAAUCAAGAGAUGUCAAAAAGAGCAUGA